AGAGCCGUCAGGCAUACGGGUAUUUCGAUGCGCGUUGUUCGUUCAAAAUCCUCGUGUAUUUUGAUGUAUUAAUAAUAGCAAAAACAUACGACAAAGUUUCAAUAACCUCAAACAUCUCCUAUUAUCGAACGAAUUUGUCAACGUAUUCACGUGUGAUCUCACCUUGAAGUAAUCUCUUUCAAAGUGAUUUCGAGAAUGUUUAUAUCGUUUACACAUUUUGUUGCCUGAACGAUUGAAUCAUGACAGUCGUUUCCUUGGAUUCUGAUGUGAUGACAUUUAUCAUGAUAUCGGGUGCAGUCGAUUCAUUUUCGCGGAUAAUCGAGUAUGAAUCUUCCUUUGCAAAAACGAAGAAUUUCAAGGUUAAGUACAGGAUCUGACACGUGAUUGUUUGAUAUGUAGUUAAAUUGUAUGUGGUACGAUUAUAUACAUGUUAUUUUAUACCACAUACCGCAGUGAUUUCAAUCGAUCAAAUGAACUGGACUUGAUGUUUAUUGAAUAUACCACGUGUCGAUAUAGUAUCGGUGGCGUGCAUGACCGGACGCAAUUACGAUCGAGACAUUAUAAUGAAUUAUGCAACAUCAUGUCAAUUCGAAGAUUACCAAGUUUGGACGUUUUAUUCUCUCGUGUCGAUGCUUGCGUUCAUUCACUUCUUGUGACAUCCAUUGAAAACGUGUAUUGAAAGCCAUCACGAAAUGAACGAUGUGUUGUGACACGAUAUCGAUAAAUAUCUUAUAAAAAUGUGUUACAUGGUUAUGUUCGUUUUAACCACGAAAUUGUGAAAUCUCGGAAACAUUGGAAAAAAUAUUAUUUCUUUUCUAAAGUGAACGGUGAUUUAUCUAAUCCAUUCCGUGAAUUAUCGAACGGUAUGAAGUUUGAGGUUUGUUGCUUCGAUUUGUACGUGAAGUGUGUCCUUUUAUUAACGCAUACGAAACACGUGCCUUUAUUUUUUUUGUAGUCUUUUCAUUGUGCUAUCACGAAAAUCGUGUUCAAAGCAAAUAUUAUACCGUUAUUAAGAGAUCACAGGACUCGAUUUAGGCGGGAAAGUAACGUCAUAGAACGAAUUCGAUAUCGAAUUUUUACCGCGCAACGUGGUUAUUCGCGUCGUUAUUUCUCGAUUGCUCGAGAUCGAGAUGUGGAAAUGGAAAUUUUAAUCGAACGAUCACAGUAUGGACUGACGGUUGUGAAUUCGAAUUGUUGACUGAGUCAAAUUGUGUAAAUUUUCACGCGAAAAAGUGACAAAAGUGUAAAAAGUGACGGAAGAGUUUCGAAGUUAACCUCACAAGACAACCAAAAAAUUGGAUAAUCGUCAUGGCUUACGUGCUCUGGCGGGUUUUUAUGAAGAGAUACUCGAAGGUGCGGCUUGGGCUCAGGAAUCUUCCUGUGAUACCGGCAGAGCGGCGUGGGCCAGAGAAGGAAGAGACCUGGACCCUGGCCCCGGACCAAAGCGGGGUGGACGCGUGUCCGUUCCUCGACGACGUUCUAUCCGACAUAAAAUCGAAACCGAUCCAAGAUGACAAUCCCCAACCCCGUAUCCACGAUCCUGGCGAUACCCAAAGCCAAAGCAACCAACAGUUGGAGCAUCCUGACUGUGGAACGUUGCCGCGCAGCCAGGAGACGAGGAAGAGCAAGACGAAAAAGGUGAAGAGUUACCUGAGGAAGUGCAAAGGCGCUCUGUCGAAAGCCGACGAGGCGUCCACGGAGAAGAAACGCCAGGAGCACUGCACCUCUUGGUAUCUGGACGAGUCUCAUCAGGAGGAGGAUAAUCCUGUGAUGGAGAUUCAGAAACAGAAUUCGGAAUUGCUCGAGGAGAGGAUCGCCGAGGAGGAGGCCUCGCCGCUCGAGGACGGAAGAGGAGAGGAUCCCUCGAAUCUCUCGAAGGAGGAAAGUCGGGAGGACGAGGAGAGUGUCUCGAGGCUGGCCGAGGAUCUGAGGAGGAGCCGGACGUCCUUGUACGAGGACGCCAGGGAUUCCAUGCACGACAGAGAGUGCGCAGCGAGCGAGGAGGGCUGCUGCAAGCGGGACGACGCCAUCUCCCUCGAGACACUGACCACGGAGGAGACGACGAAUUUGAACAAGUGCGACUCGAACGACACGCUGAUUGCGUGUGAAGUGGCGGCCCCCAACGGCCCGCCGCCCCUCGUCGAGGAGGGAAAGGAGGGAGAGGAGGCGGACGGCGAGAUGCAGGCCCUGUCUCUGUUUGGGGGUCGCGGGGACGUGGCGUCGUUGGUCCGCAACUUGCUCGGCCCGAUUUACGGCGAUGGUGUUAUCAAUCUGUUGAUAAGGCAGGCCCGGGACAUCCUGGUGUGCGCUUAUCACGGCAACUUGGAGAACUUCCUCAAAACUUAUCUGUCACCGGCCGCGACCCUUUUGGCGGAAGUGAAGUCGGCGGCCGCCUCCGAGAUGGGGAACGAGUCGGUGAUACCGGAAGGUUGGCCUCUGACGUUGGGCAGACGUGGCCUCGUCCUGCAGCUAGGAGAGCUCGAGGCCUCCGCGCUACGUCUCGGGGAAUGUUACCUUUGCAUACGCAGCGCAGCUGCAGUUGCAACCACCUCAGGGAGCGGCGAAGUUGCCGCUGGUGACGAGCGGAAUACCGUCGAGAUUGCAGUAGUUUGGCGAACGACGUCGAUGAGGGCCCCAGGUUUCCUCGGCUGGGACCGCGAGGAGGAGUUCAUGGACUGGCGGGAGGUGUCUCGAAAGGGGCAGGGGAGCAGCGACGCGGCGAGCGGCAGCCUGGCCGGGCCGCAAUCGUCGGGCACGGCGAAGAGCAUGCGGCCCAGGCGGCGUUCGCGCGAGGAGGCUCGCUCGCGUACGCGCGAGCAGGGCUUCGUGCUGGACCACCGCCGCGAGGAGACCCGUUCGAUCGAUCGUCUCGAGUGCAACAGCUCGAACGGGGGGGGCGCGAGGGGGGAGGAGCGGAGGAAGAAGAACGAGAUGGACGGCGGCCACGCGGUGAUGAAGUCGAGAUCUACGUCGAGCGUGGGCCAGUGGAAGGCGGAAUUGGAAUCUUCGCUGGGCGAAUCGAACGGGGCGAGCAACCGCUCGAACCAAUCUUCUAGUCUUUCCGGCGACGAGAGCCGCGCCAAAGUGAAGAGGUGCGCCAAGGUCGUCUCCUCGAUGACCAUGGAGAAGUGGAAGGAGACGGCUAGGUGCGAGACCAGGAGCAAACCCCUAGCGCCCGACGACUUGAAGACACCGUCGAGACUGUUGGACGUUGAGGCUGCCCUCGAGAAGAAGCGAGUAGGGGCCGCGUCGGGGGAAGGCGAGAACAGGUUGCACGGGUCGAGGAGCGUGGACGAAGUGGAGGAUGACGAGCUGCCGGCUUUCAUCGGCAAUCUUUUGGUCUCCGUGGAGAGGAAAAUCGAGAGAGUUUCCCUGGACGAUUUGACGUUCCCUUGCCCAGCGUGCAGGAAUAUAGACACCGACGAUCCGUUGCUGGGUUGUAGGUGCGCCGGUGACGAUUGCAGCUGCGGCGAGGAUACCUGCGAUUGUUCGCCCUCGGCCAACGCGAGGAAGGAACAAUCGACAAGGAGCUUCGAGAUCGCUGGUAUCAAGCACAUAGACAGCGACGACGAGGAGGAGGUGCGGAUGGGAUUCGGAACGAAAAAGAGAGUGGACGAUGUGGUAGCGCCCAGGACCAUACACGACAUACCGGAACACGUUCUCACGUGUGGCCUCACGCUUCCUGGCUGCACGGACACACAUGGCAGACCCGUUCUCGAAUUCGAGGACGAGCCGUCCAGAAGGGAGGCCCUCUCUGUCAAGGAAGUGUCAUCGUUUCUGCUCUACCUCGCCCGUUUACCCAGCUCGGACGUUACCAAGAAUGGAUUCACCCUUCUGGUUCGAGGGCAAGCUCCCGAAUGCAUGGAAUUUCUCGACAGGGUUCUGAAACUCGUCCAGGGGCGAGUGAACGUUUCUCAAGCGAUACUCGUGCAGAGUUCUGUCACCGAGAGCUCGGUCAAUUCAGAGUUACCUUUGAGCUGCGUCAAGACGACCGUCGUUGACGAGGGCGCUUUGAGAGAACAUAUUCCCAGGCUGGAGCGGAGCCACGAUCAGACGCAGUGGAUUGCGUUUUAUAAGGACUACGAUGGAUUAAUGACGGAAUGGCAAUCGGCUGGUCGCAGGCUCGCCCUCGAAAUGUCAGAACUGAAGGAGUGCACUACCCUGUCCGGCACGUUGACGCCUCUCGGUCGGCUCCUGACGGAUCCUUCAUUGAGAAGAACGUCUCGAGAUGCUGAGGAAGCGAUCGCUUCGCUGGAGGAACGCGCAGCGCCCCUCAUUCAUCUCGAUUACAUUAGAUUGUCGGUGAAACGGGCACGGAGGCUGGUGGAGGAGGUCGGGAACGCAGCCACCAGGCUCGAAUCCUCGUUCGAGUCCCGCCGCGCCACUAUAAGGAAUCUUGCGGUUCUCAGGAGUAUCGAGGACCAGGCGCACGAGGUGUUAUCUUGGUUUUGCAAGAAAGGCGAGGACGUGCUCACGAAACACGGGCAGCACGCGGCGACGAACUUGACAGCGGCGCGACUUCACGAAAGGGAAUUCGAGAAAUUCUAUUUCACGUCGAUGAGACAUCUUGACAAAGGGAGCGACCUUGCCGAGGCGGCGAGUGCGAGCGGACUUCGCGAACUCGCAAGAUCCUUGAAGCACCACCUUCGAGGAUUCGGUUCCCGGUUAGAGGACAGGCGCGAGUACCUCGAAGACACGUCGAGAUGUUGCCUGCUUCAGGAUCGGGCGUACGAGUGGGCCCAGGAGGCGCGCCUCGCCGGCGAACGAGGGGCCCAACAGUUCCUGAUGGCCAGGCCGCCGUUGCCGCCCGAGCAUUUCACGGAAAUGAUGGCACUCGCCGAGAAGCUCGGUAACGAAAUCCUUCUGGAACAAUGCCGCAUCGCGAGGAACAAGUGUGCGGAAGCGCUCGAGAUGGCGAGGACCACCUCAGCACCUGGCAGCCCCGCGAGAAGAAGAUCCUCCUCGGAGUCCGCCACCUCUUGGGAAGACAGUUUGACCAAGAGAACUUCGUGGGAUGACAGCGACAGUAAUGCAUCGUACGCUUGUCCCAUGGAGAGCGUAGGAUCGACAGGAAGCGGCGGUCGUCCUGUAUUGGACAACAUUGCGGAGCUUCGAGAGAGCGCCGAACAGCUGCUCGAUUGCUCUCCACCACGGACGCCACCCCGAAGUCCUGCUCCUAGACGGUUGGUGAAGCCACCGGUGAACUCACACCUUCACAGAGCUGCCAGCAUCGCUCCUGGAAUGAAGGCGAAAAAAACAAUACUGCUCAUAAUGAGAGAAAUGAUACAGACCGAGCGAGACUACGUCAAGUCCCUCGAAUACAUAAUAGAGAAUUAUAUUCCGGAGCUGGUGAGAGAGGACAUUCCUCAGGCGCUCAGGGGACAGCGCAACGUGAUCUUCGGCAAUGUCGAGAAGAUAUACGAGUUCCAUGGUCAGCAUUUCUUACGGGAAUUGGAACAAUGCGAGCAGUCGCCAAUGAAUGUGGGACAAUGUUUCCUUAGACACGAGAAGAAAUUCUAUCUUUACGCGCUGUACAACAAGAACAAACCAAAUUCGGAUUCCCUGAUGGCCGAGUACGGGACCGCGUUCUUUAAGCAAAAGCAGCUCGAGCUUGGCGACAAGAUGGAUCUCGCUAGUUACCUAUUGAAGCCGGUUCAACGAAUGGGAAAGUACGCGCUGCUGCUGCAACAGCUGGUCAAAGCGGGCACCGAUCUCUCGGAGCAAAUGUCCGGCAAAGACGACAAGGACGAGAAGGACGACGGUAUGAAGCCAAUAGUCGAGGGAGAAGCGGAAUUGAGGGCAGCCGAACAGAUGGUACGAUUCCAGUUACGUCACGGGAACGACCUGUUGGCUAUGGAUUCACUCAGAGAUUGCGAUGUGAACGUGAAGGAACAAGGAAGACUGCUUCGUCAAAACGAGUUCUUAGUAUGGCAGGGUAAAGGCAAAAAGUGCCUACGACAAGUUUUCCUGUUCGAAGACCUUAUCCUAUUCAGCAAAGCGAGAAGAUUCCCCGACAGGAAGAACCUUGAUAUCUACAUCUAUAAGCACAGUAUCAAAACAACGGACAUAGGGUUAACAGCCGUGAUCGCGGACUCACCCACGAAGUUCGAGAUUUGGUUCCGCAAGAGGAAACCAGGCGAUACGUACACAUUGCAGUGUGCGAGCGAAGAGAUUAAGAAAGCCUGGACGGAGGAACUGAGCAACCUUUUAUGGAAGCAGGCGCUGCGAAACAGAGAAGUGCGCCUGGCGGAAAUGUCGAGCAUGGGCAUCGGAAAUAAACCUUGUUUGGACAUUAGGCCUAGCGCGGAUCAAAUUAAUGAUCGUUCCAUUAGUGUAGCUCAACUCUCGAAAACACCUAGAUUUAGAAAUUCGAUAGCGGUAUCAAUGUCAGAGGAUUCGGGACGCUGUAGCAGAAGGCCGCACAGCGUUAUUUCCGUGAGCUCGUCGUCGAGUAGCGGUGGAAGCAGCGGCCCUCCAACGACACUGAAUCUUGGUUUGGAUACGAGUCCUCGACCUCAUCAUCGCAGUACUACGCUCAAUAGCCAAUGUAGUGUUGAGAGUGGCAUAAUAGCUGAUAUUUCGAUCGUCUCGGAUGAUGGUGGCGAUGGAACUGAAAGAAGUCAUUGGAACUCUACUCUAGAAAGUCCCACCUACCAUUUGCCAACGACAUCGACACCUCUUCAAUCACCGACCAGCGCAACCGCGACAGCAACAGUUACCUCGGCUUCUUCGUCCGACACGAAUCUUACUCCAUAUGAUCAAGACAUGUCUAUUAAUUUAUAAGUGUCACCCUCUGAAGAAAGAUGGCGUGACUCUGAUAUAGAAGAGUACAUAUAUAUAUAUAUAUAAUAUAUACAUGUUGUCGAUUCACUUGCAAGUUGUUUUAUAGUGAAUGCGGUGUGAUUCAUCCGAAUUGCAUACAGUUUUCCAAUGGAAAGUGGCAACGUCUACGUAUAAUUGAAUAGAGAGUAUUAGAGCGCGUAUUUUUCUUGGGCAAUCAUAGUUCAAUGAAUGACCAUGAGCUAUGAGUGUGAUGUGUAAAAUGUUGUAAACACACAGUCCAAUUAGAUUACUGUAUUACGCUUAUCACGUGAGUUCCGUAACAAGCGCUUCUUGCAAAAGAUUUAAAACGGAUCCUCCGUGUUACAAAGAGUUUGUAAAGAGGAACACUCAUGCAUAUACGUAUAUAUAUAUAUGCUCAUACAUACAUAUUCACACACAUUCACGGUAUAUCUUUGUGUCCCAGACAGAAAGCUCAACUUUCAAGUGAAUUUAUCUUUUGAUACGCUUCGAAUUUCAUUGAUCUAUCAUAAGCGAUAUAUAGUUAUCACGUCUGAAUUUUAUAAACCAUUGAUUUUUCAGAAGUAACGGCGACGUGUAUUUUCUUAUACUAUCUCCUCAAAAAUCCACCAACGUGCUCAAGAGAAAGAUCAUAGAUACAAAUGUGUUCCGACAGAAUCUAUAUGUGUAUAGCUGCAUGUUUCACAAUGUGCUGCAAUAUCGCAAACAGUAUGCACUGGUUGCCAUUAUUCUCAUAUAAACAUUGGCAUUCCUGAUUAAUCAGUGAUUGAGAAUAUUAUCUCGAAUUACCGACCAAUUUAUGUAUGGUACUUUUAUACUUUAUUUAUACGUUUAGUGAAUAAAUAUUGAUAUUCCAUGUCCACAUUGUGUUCGCGCUUACUAUUAUGAAUUAAAGACGUAAUCGUUAAAUUACGUCAUAGUCGAAUAUACAAAGAUUUUUUUCUUUCUUUUUUUAUAUAUAUAUAUAUAUAUAUAUAUAAAACCUGAAGAUCGAUUUUUAUUUCAUACUAUCAUUCUCUUCAGGAAUUCCAUUAAUAUCAAAAUCAUUGUUCGUCUUCUUGUCGAAUGCGUUUUCAAUAACAAAAAUGCGCGUCCGACAGAACACAUCCUUUCAGGAAUGUCAAAACAAUGCGCACACAUACAUACCACUUUGUAAUAUAAUGUAAUAUUAAAGGUUUAUACGAUAUAGCCACAAGUAAUAUAACCGAUAGUCUAAAUAUAUAUUAUUUCCAGAUUAUAUAUUAAAUAUAUAUAAUAUUAUAUUCUUUUUAUGUCAGUCAUUUGUAAAACCUUUUAUCACCUAUAGAUGUAAACCUAACUCUGGCCUGUACACGAAAGCCAAAUUCUAUCCUCUGUCUUUUUCUUUCUUCUUUCUCUUUCUUUUCAUCUUUUUUUCUAUUUAGAAAAAAGAGAAGCAAGCUACAUUUAAAUAAUAUUUCUUUUAUGAUUGUUGUGUGGUCGUUUUAAAAAGAAAGUUUUAGCUUAAACUAUUAAGUUGUGUCCACACAAAAUAUAUUUUUCACGUUAGUUUCUUUCCGUUCUUUUUAGAAGUUUUUAACUGUGCAGGUUCGAUUAUGGUUCGUUGACUGAUAUUUUUGGCAUAAAAUUGAAAUAUAUCAUCGUAAAUAUACAUCGCAAUUUUCGUACAUAAUUCAAUUACAUAUGCGAUAAAAAGCUUUGCGUCCUGUUCUAAAUUAAAAAAAAAUUCAAUCUUGAAUACACAAUCGCCUGUAUCGGUUUCGAUCAUAGUCAUGCGCUUAGUGAGCUAGCGAUCGAAGAAAGCAAAAUUACGUUAGCGCAUGUAGCAAUCAGUAAUUAUCCCGUCAUAUAAUUCUGUAUUGUUACUGCUUAAACAAGUCAGUCGAGAUCAAGCCAUUGUUAUUGCCAAGGUCUGCCAAGGUAUUUGAAUGAUAUCUUAUGGAUAAUGACCAAAUUCCGUUUAGUUCGUAUUUUUGGGAUUGAUCGAAAAAUUUAAGAUAUUUAGAAAAUGUAGUUGUAGAUUAUAGUUAGUUAACUAAAAAAAAAAAAAAUAUAUAUAUAUAUAUAUAUAUAU